AUGGAGCGUCCACGGUUUUCUAAGAUCUCAACAAAGUCCUCCAGCUUACUACCAACUGUAUCAAAAACAACCGCUUCUUCCACUAAUGACGCCACUACUAUCUCCACUGCUGCUGUGAAUUUUGAGACACAAUCGAUUCGCGGUGGUGAUUCACUUUCAAUCCAUCUGGGCGAUACUGAUACGAGUUUGGAAAUAAAUUUGUCAGACAUUGAAGAGAUUUCCAAUUUACCUGAAAGCGUUCGUCGUCGAGCUCAGCAAUUGAACACGAAUACCCAAUUAUCAACAGAUAUCUGCUACCAGGACCUAUAUCCCAACCCUGACAAUAUCAACAAUAAGAGUUACUUUGAAAAAUGCAUUGCAAUCAGUAAAAGUAAUGACAGCACCCAGUUUCAUAACAAACUCAAGCAAGUUUUCAUCUUUUCCACUGCCGGGAAACCAAUAUAUUCAUUAAAUGGUUCAGACGAACUCAUUUUGGGCUACAUGGGAAUUCUUACAACGAUCAUUUCAACUUUUCAAGAAGAUUUGCACCAGGAUCUACAAAUUAUUGAUUUGGGCAAUAAAGUGAAAGUGGUGGCUUUGAACAAAGCGCCAAUCAUCCUAAUAGCAAUCUCUAAACUACGCCAUGAAACAGACAAGUUGAUAGUGGCCCAACUACAAGUGUUGUACACUUAUUUACUAAGCGUUUUGUCGAAACCUAUAAUUGAUAAAAACUUCCAUAACCGAUUAAACUACGAUUUAAGGAGGAUACUAAGCCCAUUGGAUCUGGAAAAUUUGGACGAGUUAUGCGCGAGAUUAACUUAUGGGGUAGGAAGUGAAGGAGCAUUUGAAUUUUACAUGUCAACAAUGCUUGCAUGUAGGCAAAGUUUGAAAAUUCUGCACACUCUACGACACAAGAUGGAUAAAAUUUUGAAGCAACUGCAAGACGAAGACUUGGUCUUUACCAUCUUGACAAAAGGUGAUGUUGUCAUUAACUAUUUACAUCCCAAACAACACAAUCUCCCCAACGAGGAUUUAAACUUGUUAAUCUUUAUAGUCACCUCGUUGAAAAAGAAGGAGGAAGACUUGUGGAUGCCGUUGUGCAUGCCAAAAUUUAACAAAAAUGGAUUUUUGCAUGUUUUUGUAAAGACGUGGGAGCAGUUGAGAAUAAUUUUGAUAAGUGGAAACAAGAAUGCGUUUUAUAGGCUUAGAGAAUUGGCAGAAGAUAUCAUAAAAAGUAUCGCUCAUGCUCAAAGUGGAAAGUUUUUAUCCAAAGUGCUUCAUGAACUACUAGUACCCUUAACAAGUCAAGUACCGUUUGCAGUCAGACACUUUCUUUACGUAGAUACAGAGCUACACCAGUUUGUUACCAGUGAGCUUCCAGAAGAUAAUAGAGACUUUAGUUUGCAGCUUAUCUUAUAUUACAACACAUUAAGAACAAGCAGAUCACGUAUCCAUUUCAAGGAAAAAGGUAUCAGUUACAGGAAGUUGUCUUACAUGAAGUGGGGUCGUACAACUGGAUUUAUGCUCAGUGAUAGUUCUUACGAGUUUUACUGUAUUACUAGUGAUGAUGAUUUAGAUUCAAAAAAGUUGAUUGAGUUGAGUUUAGCUAUAGUCUAUUGGUGCAAAAAGAAUAGAUCCAGAUUAUUUAUAACUUGA